CUCUGCCUCAUCGACUUCCCGCCGCUCCACGCAUGGCGAACGCGCAGGCGGCACCGCCGCUCGCCAAGUACAAGCUUGUCUUCUUGGGAGAUCAGAGCGUGGGCAAGACAUCGAUCAUCACGCGCUUCAUGUACGACAAAUUCGACAGCACGUAUCAGGCGACGAUAGGAAUUGAUUUCCUAUCGAAAACUAUGUACUUGGAUGAUAGGGUGGUUCGGUUACAGCUGUGGGAUACAGCAGGCCAGGAGCGAUUUAGAAGCUUGAUACCGAGCUAUAUCCGCGAUUCCUCUGUAGCAGUUAUAGUGUAUGAUGUCACGAACCGAGAAUCCUUCGACAAUGCAGGGAAAUGGAUAGAUGAAGUUCGCCAAGAGAGAGGAGAAGACGUCAUUCUGGCUCUGGUGGGCAACAAAACGGAUUUAGCAGAGAAACGUCGUGUCACAAGGGAGGAGGGAGAGGAAAAGGCCAAAAGCUUCAAAAUUCUGUUCGUCGAGACCAGCGCUAAAGCUGGUCUGAAUGUGAAAUCGUUGUUCCGUCAGCUUGCCCAACAGCUUCCUGGAGCUGAAAAUGCUGCGGUCAAGAAGGAUUCGGAACUGGUGGAAGUCAAGUUAGACACGCCAAGUCAACAGAAGAACCCAUCGGGUGCAUGUUCAUGUUAAUACACAUUGAUAAGCCUUG